AUGAUCUCCAUUUCGCCCCACCCUAGAAUCCUGGAGAACAACAACAUAACUGAAAUCCUCGCAACUGCUUUUGAGGGGCUGAAAUCACUUCUAUUUCUGGACCUGCACAACAACCUCCUGAGAGGCCUCCCCAACACGUCGAUUUGUUCAGAAAUGCCGAAGCUGAACUGGCUGGAUCUCGAGGGGAACCAGCUUCACACUCUGCAAAGUUCCAGCUUCCAAGGGUGCAACGAGGUCACUGUUCUAGUGCUGAACAGGAAUAAGAUUGAGUGGAUCCAGGCAGGGACUUUUUCCAACCUCAACAGCCUGGUGGAACUUGACUUGUCCUCCAACAGGCUGAAGGAUCUCCUGCCAUCGUCUUUCAAGGGUCUGCAUGAAUUGCAGCAGCUGAAUAUUUCGGAUAACCCUCUGCACCAGAUCUAUCCGGAUGAAUUUGACGAUGUCCCCCUCCUGCGCUCUCUGAGCUUGGAAGGACUGGAGAUCCCCAACAUUCACAGCCGCAUUUUUGAGAAGCUCACUAAUCUGCAUCACAUCUACUUCAAGAAGUUCCAGUACUGCAGCUUUGCACCCCACGUCCGCAGCUGCAAGCCCAACACCGACGGCAUCUCCUCCUUUGAGAACCUCCUGGCCAGCGGCAUCCUCCGAGUCUUCGUCUGGGUCGUCGCCUUCACCACCUGCUUAGGGAACCUCUUCGUCAUCCUCACCAGGUCCUUCAUCACCACGGAAAACAGCAACCACGCCUUGGCCAUCAAAUCUCUCUGCUGUGCCGACUGCCUGAUGGGCAUCUACCUCUUCUUCCUCGGAGCUUUUGACCUCAGGUUCUCUGGAGAGUACAACCAGCACGCCCAAGCCUGGAUGGCGAGCACAGCGUGCCAGCUGGUGGGCAGCCUGGCCAUGCUCUCCUCCGAAGUCUCGGUGUUCCAGCUGACCUACAUGACCCUGGAGAAAUCCUUCUCCGUCGUCUUCCCCUUCAGCCACCACAGGGCCAGCAAGAAGCGGACUCUCUCCACCCUGGCGGUCAUCUGGCUCCUGGGCUUCUUCCUGACUCUGGUGCCCUUUUUGUGCAAGGAGUCCUUCGGGGUGUAUUACGGGAGGAAUGGUGUGUGCUUUCCGCUCCAGUCCGAUGGGACAGAGCGCCACGGGGCUCGGGCUUAUUCCACGGGGAUAUUCCUGGGUGUGAACCUGGUUGCCUUUGCCAUCAUUGUGCUGGCCUACGCAAGCAUGUUCUACUCCAUUCACACCACAGCAGCCAGGACAGGCGAGCACAGCGCUUUCUCUGUGGAGGUGGCCCUAGCCAAGAGAUUCUUCUUCAUCGUUUUCACCAAUGCUCUUUGCUGGAUCCCCAUCUUCCUCCUCAAGCUGCUUUCGUUGCUGGACCUGGACAUUCCAGGCACCGUGACCUCUUGGGUGGUCAUUUUCAUCCUCCCCAUCAACAGCGCUCUGAACCCGAUCCUCUACACCAUCACCACCACCUCCUUCCAGGAGAAGCUCAAGCAGUGUCUUCAGAAGAACAAGCCAUCUCUGCAGGAUACGCAAGGGAAGAGCUUUGUCUUGUUAUCCGUCCACAGCAGCACCUGACAUUUAGGCCUUGGGGGUGCUUAAAAGAUGUACAAGGACACUUGAGCAGGCUCCCCAUUUGUCCAAAGUGGCAGGGACUAGAAACUUUGACUGCAAGCAAAAGGGUCCACGUUCAUGCUCUCUUGCGCGCCCUUUUUUUUUUGCCCUAGAACAAUUCGGAGGCCUUCCUUGAUUUCACCAGGGGGUUUGCAGUCAAAAUCGCCAGUGGUGAUAUGCAGAAGAAAGUACUCCAGGAGCCAGAUGAAUGGGACAGCAUCUGCCCAGUUUCUUGAAGAGAUCAGAUUCUGUUGGGAUUCCUUUGCCCUCCAGGGUGGAAAGCAAAUUCGUCAUCUGACAAAGUGGUGGUGGGUGGACUCUCCUCUGUUGCAGGUUUUUAAAGAGGCUGGAUGAUAAUCUGCCAGGGAUUCUUUAGCAGUGAUCCCUGCAUUGCAGGAGGUUGGACUAGAUGACCCUUGGGUGCCUUACAACUUUACGAUUCUGUGAAAGUGGAGGUAUUUGCCCUUAAGG